CCCCCCCACCCCGCUGGGCCGCUCGGGCUCGCGCGCUGGGAGCGGGUGCGGAAAGAUGUCGGACGCGGCGGUGGCGGACACUCGGCGCCUAAACUCGAAGCCUCAGGACCUGACGGACGCCUACGGGCCGCCAAGCAACUUCCUGGAGAUCGACAUCUUCAACCCACAGACGGUGGGCGUGGGCCGAGCGCGCUUCACCACCUACGAGGUCCGGAUGCGGACAAACCUCCCUAUCUUCAAGCUGAAGGAGUCAUGUGUGCGGCGGCGCUACAGUGACUUUGAGUGGUUAAAGAAUGAACUGGAGCGGGACAGUAAGAUUGUAGUGCCACCACUGCCUGGGAAAGCCUUGAAGCGGCAGCUCCCCUUCCGAGGAGACGAAGGCAUCUUUGAGGAGUCCUUCAUCGAGGAGAGGAGGCAGGGCCUCGAACAGUUUAUUAACAAAAUCGCCGGGCACCCGUUGGCUCAGAAUGAGCGCUGCCUACACAUGUUCCUGCAGGAGGAGACAAUUGACAGGAACUACGUCCCUGGGAAGUGGCUGUCGUCCCCCGGCCUGACUAUCUGUCUGCCAUCGUUCUCCCUGGCAUUCGGCCACACUGUGGGCACUCUUCUAAGAUCCUCCUUUCUAAGGAGAGGGGGGAAGCUGUGGGCAGAGGUCCUGGGCUUUUAGGGGGAGGGGGUCAGGAAUUGGACUAAAAGGCACUUGCUUGGGCUUCCUCUCAGGCAACAAGGCUAGCCUGGGGGUCUGGUGCUUCAGUGGCACUUGGCCAAACAGGUCAGCGGUGCUGUGAAUCUAAGGGAGGUUCCCCACUCCAAAGUUGAACCUGGAACUCUGAGCAGGGAGCAACCCUGCCCCUUCUACCUGCAUGGAACCUUCCUUUUGCCCUGUUCUGGGAUGGUAGAUUCCCAUGGGCUCUCCCAGUUUUCUCUGUUCCUCCCCUAGUUCUCUCUAUAUUUCCAUGAUUCGCUUCCUCCCUCUUAUGUUGCUGUCUGGGGUAGUCAUCAACCCAGAAGCUAAGCGUCCCAGUUUGUGGAUUUCCUGGGCCCAUCGUACUUAGGUGCCUCAGAGUCACAAGGGACUUCUGGGGAGGUAGAGGGGCUCCCAUUGGCUUUCUCCCACUCUCCAGGCCCCUAGCUGCUUCCUGUGUGUGGCUGGCUUUUCACUGUCCAUCCUUGAUUGACCAGUGUGGGUCAGCAGCUCUUCCUGAAAUCUUAACUGCCAGGUGGGCUGCCUUGGGGGAACCUCACUGUUGGCUGAUGGUACAGAGUGAGAAUGGUUUCUUGUCUCGGAAGCUCCCAGGGGCCAGAAAGCACUCCAUCCCAUUCUCCUUCCUCCUCGGAGUCUCACGACAUGUUUUGUUCCCAAAGGGCAGGACUACAUGAACCAAUAAUGUAGUCUGACUUCUGGCAAGCACUUUGAGCUGGGUGAGUGGGGUCAUCCCCUCCCCCACUUUGGUCACAGGGUCGUCAAGCUUUCUGUACCUGUCUCUUCGGGGACUGUCGGUGGCUUCUCUAGAAGCUGGGCUGGGGACAGCAGCUGGCUGGGAGUCACCCUCGCUUUUAGUACAAAGCAGAUUCUUAGGGCUAGAAGCUCUCCUGGGCUUUGGGCUGGGAGGCGGCCUGUUGUCUGGCCAGGGUGAGAGAGUAGCAAGCAUGCAGAGGAAGGCCUUCCCCGAGCCCUUCAUCAUAGCAGGAUGUUGGGGGAGGGAGGAUUGGAAGCUCACGCCGAGUCGAAGGUGCCCCCAGGACAGAGGUCAGCUCUAGCUGUUGAGGCGGCUCCCAAAGAGAGGCCCUGCUCCCUUGCCUGCCUUGCUAAUGGUGUUGUUGUUGAAAUACCUGCUUCAGUUUUUGAGCUGUAUUUUUAAGCUAUUCCUUCAGCACGCACAAGUGCUGAGAGUCUGAUGCCCCUUUUCUGCUGUGUAUAUAUCCUAACUUGGGGGUUCCAUUCAGCAAAACCGUUCAGUCUUCUGUCAGGCAAUGUCAUAUCCAACUGCUGUUCAUAUUAAACCACUGUGAAGCAAG